AUGGCGUCUUCUUGGCUCGCGUCGGCAAUCAUUGUGUCCCUCAUGGCUCCGCCUUCGCAAUCUCUCUCUUCCGAGCUCAAUUCGGGGAUCCCCGCCACCACCAUGACCUCGUCCUCGCCGCCGCUGCCAUCGGACCCUCUCGUGCCUCCUUUCCAAGAGCUCUCCCCGGACAUUGCCCCUCUUCUGCCCUCCCCGGGGGGCGCCGCGCCAGCCUCCGGCAGCUCCUCCUCCGUGCCCACCAUCCCCUCCAACCCGAGCCCGCCGAACCCGGACGACGCCCCUCUCGGCCCGGGCUCUGCAGUGGCGCCGGAGGACCCGUUGAUGGCUUCCUCAGCAAUUCGCACAAAGCCAAUUGAAGCCAGGAACGUGGUUGCAUUUCCUAUGUGGGCAGCAUUUUGGGCAAUGCAGCUUCUGGAAAUGUGA